UUCAUUUGAGCCUCCACGACACUCCAUCGAAUCAAGACACAUACAGGAAGGCUCAGCCCCCAACUUUCCAAUCCCCUUCCGCUCCAAAAUCACCUUCAGCACAAUUAGUGCUGUGAUUGGAUUCUCUGCAGGUGCUCACAUAGACCCGUCAAAAUUUCCUUUCUCGAGGACCUUGAGAGUGCGGAGGAAGAAAUCAUGGGUGCAGGAGCCAGUGCUGAGGACAAAAAGUCCAAGGAAUUAGAAAAACAGCUCCAGGAAGAUGCCGAUAAGGAGGCUAAAACAGUCAAACUGCUGCUGCUUGGUGCUGGUGAGUCAGGAAAAAGCACCAUUGUAAAACAAAUGAAGAUUCUUCACCAAGGUGGUUACACAAAAGAGGAGCAACUGGAGUUUAGAGCAAUCAUCUUUGGCAACAUCCUGCAGUCUGCUCUGGCUAUCAUCAGGGGCAUGGAGAUGCUUGCCAUUGAUUUUGGCUCAUCCUCUGGACAGGAGGAUGCACAGAAGCUGCAGAACUUGUCAGACUCCAUCGAAGAGGGAACAAUGCCUCCUGAGCUGGCCGAUGUCAUCAAGAAGCUGUGGAAAGACUCUGGAGUGCAGGCUGCGUAUGAGAGAGCUGCUGAGUUCCAACUGAACGACUCUGCUGGCUACUACCUGAGUGAAAUGGACAGAAUCUGUCUGUCGGACUACAUGCCCACCGAGCAGGACGUGCUGCGAUCUCGAGUCAAAACAACUGGUAUCAUUGAGGAACAGUUCUCCUGCAAAGAGUUGCACUUCAGGAUGUUUGAUGUGGGAGGACAGAGGUCAGAGAGAAAGAAGUGGAUCCACUGUUUCGAGGGUGUGACCUGCAUCAUCUUUUGCGGCGCUCUCAGUGCUUACGACAUGGUGCUCGUAGAAGAUGAUGAAGUGAACCGCAUGCAUGAGUCCCUCCAUCUAUUCAACAGCAUUUGCAACCAUAGAUUCUUCGCUCUGACCUCCAUUGUGCUUUUCCUCAACAAGAAGGAUCUCUUCGAAGAGAAGAUCAAGAAAGUCCAUCUGAGUAUCUGCUUCCCAGACUAUGACGGUCCCAACACGUAUGAUGACGCCAGCACCUACAUCAAGACACAAUUCUUGGAUCUGAACAUGAAGAAGGGUCAGAAAGAAAUCUAUUCCCACUUGACCUGUGCCACAGACACAAAGAAUGUCGAGAUCGUGUUCAACGCCGUGACGGACAUCAUCAUCAAAGAAAACCUUAAAGACUGCGGUCUGUUCUAAGCAGCUCCAAAGUGAAAGGAGAGAGGUACGGGACAACAUCUACUAUAUACUGUGUUCCUAUACAGUAAUAGGACCCACAUGAGGCAGACCCCUGCAAAUUCAAUUAAGUAAAUAUUACCUGACCACCCUGUGUUGCCUGGCAACAACACCUGGCCAUAACAUGAGCAAACAGAAACUCAACAAGAACGUUUAGACCCGGUGAGACUGCUGAGUAUGACAAAUAUAAAUAAUAUGACUGAUGUAAUCCCUGUAAUGACUUGUGAUAAAGAUCCAUUAUUCUUUUUAUUUAUAUCCUUCCAUCCUUCCAACAUUUAAAAACAGAAGAAAAUGCUUAAUAAGAUUUUAACAUAUUUUACUCAUGUUUGCUCAUUUCAGAAAAUCUUUUUCAACCUUAACCCCACACACAUUAGCAUUAAGAAAGAAGUGUAUUGAUGGAGCACAGAGGGUCCUCAGACUGUCCUGUUUUAUGCCAUCGUCUCCAUGCCAAGUUGUGGUUGAAUGCUCCUAAAGAACAUAACCAUCUCUGACGUUAUCUUCCUGCAACUCGCUGCAUGUCCAGCUGGGUCAAAACCAUUACGAAGUCACCAUGUGAAUGUUGUGGAACUACAGAUUUCUACACAACUAAAAAGGUUAAAGGUGUGAAGAUGAAAUAGAUACUACUUUGAUCCUCACUGCGUUUUUGAAACUUAUAAAUUGUAAAUGAUAAUUACUCUGAAAGCCAAGAUCUGUAAUAUAUCUAAAACAAUUUGGGAGAACUAUAAAUAUUCUGAAUAGACAUUUAAUUUUUUGUUUUAUUUUUGAGUACAAUAGUCUCUGUGAACUUGAUAUUUAAGCUGAAAAGUUUCUGAGCAAAUAUCUCUGAUAUUCCCAGUGCUUCCAGUUUGUCCAGAUUACAAACCCAAUUGUGCACGUAUCAAAUCUAAAUAGUGUUAAUGUAUUGAAUUCACUUAACAUUUUAAUGUGAUGAAAAAAUCUGACAACAACAAACAUGAUAGAUGAACUUUGUACAUAACAAUAGUAAAGUAAUAUUUUGGAUGAUGAAUUAUCUGGAAACAUAUAAGAGGAAAACACUAGAGGAUGGAUGCUUCAUGAUGAAAAGUGAAUGGAAAUCGACUGUGUUCUUUCUUAUGAAAUGUAGAGGCAUGAAAUAAAGAUGCAUUAACUUCA